AUGACGCAACUCAUCCAAUCCAAGUUCAUAUUCCAUGGGCUGCCAGUUCUUGCAGACGAGGGACGGACAGCCAUUGUGGUCGGAAGCAAUGGGAUAUCCGGCAGUUAUCAAUUGAAAGUCCUGGCCGAGUCUCCUCGCCGAUGGAAAAAGAUCUACGCUGUGUCUCGUCGGCCUCCUCAUGGACAAUGGCCAGACCAUGUGGAGCAUGUGUCAAUUGACCUUUUGCAGGACCCUGAAGAUAUUGCGGCGCAAUUCGCGAAACGGGGCAUCAAGCCCGACUAUGCCUUUUUCUUUGCUUAUAUUCAGCCGAAACCCAGGGAUGGUGAGGGCAUCUGGAGUGCAGCGGAAGAGAUGGUGGCUGUCAACACGAAGUAUUAUGGGCUGCACGAGGGACCGGCGAUCGCGCCUCAAGAAGAAUCCGAUCCCCGGCUACUUGGGGGCCCACCCAACUUCUAUUACCACCAAGAGGACAUGCUGAAGGAAUUUGCAGCGAAGCAUAAGGUUGGCUGGAAUACUACCCGCCCGUCUCAUAUUAUUGGGGCUGUGCCAGAUGCUGCCAUGAACUUGUGUUAUCCCCUAGCUGUCUAUGCCACAGUGCAAAAGCAUCUGGGAGAACCACUGCAAUUCCCAGGCGACCCGACCGCAUGGGAUCAGACUGUGACACUUUCAACUGCGAAGGCCUCGGGAUACCUUGGGGAGUGGAUGGUCUUGACAGACCAGACGAAGAAUGAGAGCUUCAACGCAGUCGACGACUGCCCUUUCACUUGGAGCAAAUUCUGGCCCAAGCUGGCAGAGAAAUUUGGGAUCCCCUGGCGAGGCCCUGAUCUCAGCGACAAAGCAGUCUAUGAGACCAUGACGCUCCCUACUUCCCCGCCGCGAGGUUAUGGGCCCCCCGGUGUGCUUCGGUAUAGCUUCCAGCUUGUGGAAUGGGCAAAGCGGACAGAAGUCCAAGAAGCGUGGAAGAAGAUUGCUGAGACCUAUAGUCUAUGCGAGAAGGAAUUAAGAGAUGUAGACGAGGUGUUUGGCUUCACAGAUAUCGCUGUGGCCAUGACGUAUCCUAUUCGCUUGAGGUAA